GAGUAGAAUAGCAAUUAGCAAGCACUCGUCCGAGUUCUUUGUCCAACCAAGAUGCUUUACCUGCCUUGCACUCUGCAGAUCAGUACACAUGCACUUCUCCAUCCACCAACCCUGGCACUCUUACCUUACAAAAGCUUGCCAACACUUUUGAGCUCCAUGAGACAAGGUAUCAGUCACAAACAUAUGUUACGGUGGCCGAUUUCUUGAUUGUUUGGUGCCAAUCCAGGAGCGGAGCAUCUUCUCUUUACACCCUGCUCCUCAUAUUCUCUCCCAGCUUGCACCUCAAGUUUCGCACAUCUUCUCCUGCACUGCACUUGUUGGCUUAUAAACCGGCAGCUCCGGCCCACAAGCAGCCGAUCGCAGGAAUCUCAUUCCCCCACCUGCGCGAAGCAAGCUCAUGAGAGCAGCCUGUCAGGGUGGCAAUGGAGGGACCAAGAGCGAUGGCGAUGGUGGCGGUGAUCUUCCUCGUGGCGUGUUGUGGUGCUCAGGUGGCUGUCGGCGGAGGUGAUCAGGGCCAGCCGGCGGCGGGAGGCCCGGAGGCGAGCCUGCUGUGUAUCAGCAAGUGCGGGACGUGCCCCACGGUGUGCACGUCGCCGCCGCCAGCUCCUCCCUCCCCGUCAUCUUCAACGCCGUCGCCUCCCUCGCCGUCAUCGUCAUCUUCAUCUUCAACGCCGUCGCCUCCCUCACCGUCGACGACAAUCCUCCCGCUGCCCACGCCCCCGCCGCCGUACCUGUCUCUGCUGCUCCCCCCGCCUCCGUCGUCAUCGUCGGACGGGCAUGACGAGUCCCCGCCGUCGCCGACUCCACCGAAGAGCAGCGGGUCGUCGUCGUCUUCCUCUCCCUCGGCUCCGUCCUCGCACUUCUCGUCACCGCCGUCCCCGCCGUCGUCCUCGUCGAACCCGUAUUACUAUUUCUACCUCUCCGGGGGCAGCAGGAGCCGCGGCGCGUCGAGCGUCUACGCCGUUCUUAUCCUCGCGCUGCUCCUGCCCGCCGUCACCUUUUGGAGGUGAGGUGUUGGACGUCGUUGCGUCGCCGUGCCCAUUCCGGUGCAACUCUUCCGCUCUUCGUGUGUUUAUAGUACUGUACUGUCACUUCUUUUCCUUUCUUCCCCGUCAGAUUCAGAAGAAGCUAGCAGCACUUCCCCUGUUAAUUCGUUGCUUGUGUAACGGUGCUACUGAUUAUUAUUAACUAUUACAAGUGCGUACAGUACUGUUUGUUUUGGUGGUAA